GAUUGUCAUUGUCAAGCCAACCGGUGAUAAGUCUAUGGUAUAAUAUAGGAUUGUAUGGGAAUUUGUUAUAUACCGGAGAGACCUUAGGAAAAUAGGAAAAAAUUAUUCUUAAGAACAUUAUCGUAACGUGAAACUCAUAUUAAUAUGAGUAAAUUAGAAGAAAAAAUAAUUUCCGCUUUUAAUGUUAUAGGAUAUAAUGGUCCUCUUACACAAAAAUCAAAUUUUCCGAUAGCCAUAGAAGGUGGACCAAAAAGUAUCGAAUACACCGAACUUGUACACUUUCUUACAAAUGAAAUUAGAACUUUACAAGGUAUUGAUGAGGAGGUUAAUCCUAUAUCAGCCCCAGAAGAUGCAGUGGCAUUUAUAAUGGAAGUUACAUCUUUUUUAAAAGAAUUAGGUUGUCCGUACAAGAUCCUCAUAGAAGGUCAUGUAUCAGAUCGCUUACAAAAUUUUUCUGAUAGGCUUCUCUUGUUGGAUUAUUUACUGACAGAACUUAUGGGUGCUCGCAUACUACAAGAAAAAAAGCCUGGUAAAAAAAUAGAACUUAAACUUCAAGAAACUCCGGCAGCCAAAGAUAUGAGAUUGAUUUUACAAACUCUUCGUUUUCCAAAACCGCCUGCGAAUAUAUCUAUUCAGACGUUAUUUCAAAAAUUGGUACCCACAAUUCCUAUUGUUAUAAAUAAGGCAGGAAUGGAUAUAGUUGGAAAGGGAAUAUUUAAUGGUUUCCUUUCCAAUCAACAGUGGGACAUCCUUAAUGGUGUUCAAGAAGAUUUACAUAAAGAAUAUAAAAUAAGAAGGGAGAUGUUGUUAACAAGAUUAGAUGUUACUAUACAAUCUUUUCAGUGGUCUGAUCGAACAAAAGGCAAAGAUGACCUAUUCGAGAAACUUUACUACGAGAGACGCCCGUUACUGAAAGUAGAUCCUGACGUAGAUAUGUCUGAUUUAUUGGCGUCUCGAACUGAUAUAGCCAUUAUUGAAAAAACUAGUAACUCAUCUGUAAGGAAAAAUACACGUUCAUCAUUACAAAAAUUUAUAAUUGGACAAGUUCCAGAUAGAGGUGGUAGGACUUCAGAAAUAGCGCCACCUCCUCCUGAAAUGCCAUCUUGGCAGCAAAGAUCCGCGGGUCCUGGAGGCCGUGGAGGUGGUAAUUUCAACCGAGGAGGAAGUAAUAAUUAUUCGAGAGGCGGAGGCGCGAGUAAUUACACAAGUGGUGGCAAUUACCAAUCCAAUUAUCAAUCGGGAGGAGGUGCCUACCAAUCGGGAGGAGGUGCCUACCAAUCGGGAGGUGGUAAUUACCAGUCCAGUGGAGGUAGUUAUCAUUCUGGUGGAGAUAGAGGCGGUUUUCACUCGGGAGGUGGUAAUUAUCAAUCUGGUGGCGAUCGGGGUGGAUAUGCAGAUAAUAAGAGAUAUGACAAUUCGGGAGGAGGAAGCAAUAGAAAUUACGAUAGUUUUCAAGGUAAAUACGACAAUUCUAGUUCGAGAGUUUUCAAUAAAAGUUUCGAUAGCGGAAUCUCAGGGGGAAAUAAAAAUUAUGACAACACCAGAAGGGAUAGUUAUAGCUCACAGGACUAUCAUCAAUCAAAGAGAGCUAAAACUUAUGAUUCUUUUCAAGCCAAUAAAACAACGUAUGCCGAUCAAUACGUUCAAGAACGUCAACAUAACCAACAAUACUCAUCGAGGGACGAUAGAGGCUCAAGAGGAUACAGAGGUUCUAGAGGUCGCUCUAAUUACCAACGAGGUGGUGGCGGAGGAAGAGGUAGUUAUAGAUAAAGCAGUGUUAUUCAAUAUUUGGUAUAAAUUUGGUCAAAUCGAUUUCAUUUAUUGAUCAAAGUUUGUUCAAAGUAAGUUGAGGAAAGUAAAAUAAAAACAAAAAAAUAUUCAGAUUACUGAGAAUUUAAUUCAAUUGAUUAUAGAUUUUUCGUCGAAUUUUUCAUAAAGAGAGAUUUGGUAAGAACGCUUCUAAAUUUAAGUUGAGUAUUUAAGACAUGCUUUUCCAAGACAUGGUUUGUCCUAUAUGUAAAAUUUUACUGGAUAGAAAAUGAAAACUAAGUUCUCAAAGGCUCUAAUUUUUCAAGGAAAAAUUAGACUAUUACGGUAGGAAUGUCUAGAAGUAAAAUGGGGGGCACACAAUUUUUCCCAUGUUUUGAGACCUCCUGAACACGAUUAUGAUGGUUUUUCGUAUAUAUAUAUAUAUAUUAUAUAUAUAUAUAUAUAUAUAUAUAUAUAUAUAUAUAUAUAUAUAUAUAUAUAUAUAUCUGUUUAAGCUACAAUUCUUAUUUUCGUCUCUCGAGCAAUUGCUAUGGGUCCGAUUUGGUUCAAAAUUAGCAUACAUGGCUUUUUUGGCGGCGGAUUGAUAUUAUUAGAGUUUGGUUGAAAACAAAUGAAUAUUUCGAGAGGUCGCAGUGCAAAAAAAGUGGUUUUUGACCUUUGUUCACCUCUGCAGGUCAAACGAAAAGCGACUGAAAAAUGAAAUUUUACAUGUAGGUUCAAUUAGUUGCGAGAUGAUUUCCUGUCUAAGGUCGAAAGUUUCCAUCUCCACUCCUCUCCAUUUUAUAGUCAUUUCUGUUAUGUUUUCUUACUUCGCAUGCAAGUAGGGGUGAUGUUGAAGAAUUGUCUUUCUCAAGUUCAAAGUUUUCUUCUUCAGUUCUUCUAGCACAAAACGCCCGAAAUCAUUUUGAUCGCUGUAAUUGUUGAACUGGACCGCCUCCUAUUUAAUGAAUAAUACGAGUAUGAUCGUUGCUAGGGUGAUUUUUUUUACUUCCCAUUUUCGAAAUUUCUUGUCAUUAUGACAAUUUUUUCUUUGUUGUCAAUUGGAAUUGAACAAGAGGGUUCGAGACCACCGGGUCUAUUGAAAUUAUGAAUUUUCAUUUGAGAGAGUUAACUUAUGAAAUGAAAAGUUAUUGAGGAAUAGUAAAUUUUCCAUAUAAAGAAAUAAGAUUGAGAAUUGAUAUCAUUUCCAAGAAAUCAUUUUAUGGAAAGAUUUGUUUGUGUAUUAAUUAAAUUCUUCAUUCGACGAAAAAUUCGACUUUCGUGAUGGAGCUCUGCUGCUCAAGCCUUUUUUUUGUAUUUCUAAUAUUCAAUUUCGAUGUUAUUACCAUGUGUAAAUAAUACAUAAGCAAAUUUGAUUCAAAAAUUCAGUGUGAGAAAAUUUUAUUUUAAAAUUGAUUUGUAGUAAGUGUCCUCUACAAGUCGAAACGUUGUAUAUGCAACCCUUUGGCUACUUUUUGACCUGAGUUUUUCUUUCAAUAAAACAAAGUAGAUACUAUUAUAUAUUUUUACUAUUAAAAAUGAUUAUGUGAAUAAAAGUAAUUAAAAAAAUUAUACAUAAAAAAGAAUUGUACAUUAUCUUUGGCUAAAUAGAGUUUUAUAAAAGUCCUUAUGUACUUCAUCCAGAUAUGGAAACAAGGCUUUAAUAUGAGUCACUUUAUCGACUGGCAAUCCAUUUCUGGUCUCUCAAUUAUAGAAUAUCAAUAGGAAAAAAAAUCUUCCAUAGAAUUUCCUGCCUUAAGGAUACUAACCUUACUAGAGUAUGGUAGAGAUCCACGAGAUUUUUUUAUACAUCCAAUUUCUAGUCAUGCAAACAAUUUCAUUACCGUGAAGGAUUUUUUCACCUUUUGCUAUUAUUUUCACCAAAUACAUACCAAAUACCUGUCGCAGGUAGAACAAGUAUCAACAAGAGGCAUCCUGAAACUUAUGCUGAAGUUGAUCAAGAAUAUUUGGUUUACCGCUGCUUGAUGGGUAUAAUCAUGGUCACCUUUUCCUUUUCGCUCGUUCUUCUAUGAAUAACCCAACUGUCUUCGUCCAUUCCGACUCUUUUUGCUCUGACCACAUAUCCCAUCUCAGUUUGACCAUACAGUACUUUGCUCUCUGCGUUCGUUUUUCUUCUUCUCCACUAGUUUUGCUCCCGCACUUCUCCGAAAAUCCUCCUUAGUACCUUUCUCUCCCAUAUGUUUAUUUUGUUUUCUUAUUUUUUGUUUAUGAUCCAAAACUUACUGUCAUGCAGCACUAUUGGUUGUAAAACUGUCUUGUAAAUGCGUAACUUGGCGUCUCUUGAAAUAUCUUUUGAUCCUAAUAGACCUCCUAGGGCUCCAACCAUUUUGUUCCCUCUCGCCAGUCUUGUCGAUUUCCAUGGUUCAAUCUCCUUCGUUUGUCUAUGUCACACCAGGUAUUCGAAUCUCUGAAUUUUAUCAAAUCCAUACUCCUUGUUCUGUAGUCACUUUCAAUUGGUUGAAGUUAUUUAAAUCCCUUCCUAUCUCCAUAUAUUUGGUUUUUUGUACAUUUAUGCGCAGUCCACAUUUGUGUCUACUUCUCAGGAUCAUUUCUAAUACAAGGUUAAACAGCACUGUUUAUAGUGGGUAUCCUUGCUUUAAACCUCUUUUUGUUUCAAACUAUUCUGAUAGGCAUUUUUACCAAAUUGUUUUCUACUUCCACAUUCAACAUUAGAAACAACAUACUGUUGUCUAUGUUUAACUGGCACUUGGCUCGUGGCGUUUAAAACGUUCGCUACAACAUUUUGGAAAGGCAAGACCCAAUUUGUGGACUAUCAACUUUUCUCCUGUUGGAAAAUAAAAAAAUUAUAUAUUAACAAUUAUUGAAGUAUUGUAUAAAUUACAGUAGAAAUUGUUUAUAACGACCGCCAAGGGGUCAGAGAAACCUGGUCGUUAUAACCACCCCAUUGAUAAGCGUGAUAAAAUUUUAGAAGAGAGAAUAAAAUACAAGUGUAAAAUUAGCAUUACAUGUAUUAAAAUUAAAUAUACAUACAUAUAUAAUAUUUAGUAAACAAAAUACAAAGAUGAAUAAAAUAAAGGAAACUAUGUAUCUAAAAGAAAUCUGUGAUAAGUUUUUGCUUGACGCUGUGUUUUUCGUAGUAAAUUUUUUCGAUUUCUCUUUCCACGACCAUCAGAGCAUCUUUGACGUGUGGCUUUGGCUCUUCCUCAAAAGAAAAAAAUUUCUCACCGUUGACAUCGCCUUCAUUGCAGAGCUGGCCGAAGGAAGAAGAAAUUCCGCUGAUGACGUUGAAUCUUCCGCUUCAUCUUCUUCUGAGGAAUGAUUUUCAUUUGAGUGAGAAGCUGAUGCUAUUAUCUCGACGUCAGUUAGUUCUGACGAUGUUUCGAUGUUUUCAUCGACAGCAGCAUAUUGAUUAAAAUCGAUAUUUAUCCCCAUUUCGGGAGGUAAAUUAAUAUUUUCUGCCCAAUCCGCCAGAUUUUCGACGUUGAAUUGGAUUCUGAGUUAUCAGAGCUAAGAAAUCCUCCAUGACGGAAACAAUUUCUUAUUGUGUCACAGUCCACUAUAUCCCAAGCUUUUGAGACCAUUACUAUUGCUUGUAGCAAAUGAACGUUAUGUUCAAUAUUUUUUUCAAUAUUGUCGAUCAUUUUCAAUACCAAUAGCUUCCUGAAGUUAACUUUUAGUGCCUUUAUGACCCCUUGGUCCAUUGGUUGAAGCACAGAUGUAGUGUUUGCUGGCAGGAAAACUAAUUUUAUGCAUUUUAGAGAUGCCACAUGAGGAUGUGCUGGGCAAUUAUCAACUAAGAGUAAAAUUUUCUUGUUUUCCCUUCUUAGCUCUCCAUCCCACUCGCGCAAAAGUUUUUCAAACAACUGGGAUGUCAUCCAUGACCUUAUAUUGUGUUCAUAUUGCACUGGUAGGUUCUUCACGUUUUUGAAACACCGCGAGUUUUUUGAUUUUCCGAUGACCACUAACUUUUUUUUAACACUCCCUGUCAAAUUAGCCGCAACUAGAACGGUGACACGGUCUUUCGAGUGUUUUCCACCAGAGCAUUUCUCGCCCAAAAACUUGAAAGUUUUGUCAGGAGUGAGUUUGUAAAAUAGCCCGGUUUCGUCGCAGUUGAAGAUUUCUUCAUCCACGUAGCCUUCGCGAAUUUUCGGCCAAACGUUACCAAGCCAAUGAUCCUUCACCCCUGCAGGGACAUCUGCCGAUUCACCUGACAUUUUUGCGAAGACGAUAUUAUGGCGAUUACGAAAUCUCUGAACCCACGAUGGGUCGGGUUGGAAAUCUUUGUUCAGCAUUGCGGAAAAUUCUCGUGCUUUUGUAAGUAAAAUCGGACCGUUAAUAGGAACGUUUUUCUCCCUGUGCUGUUUAAACCAUUGAAGUAAGGCUUUGUCUAGAUCGGUGUGCUGAGUCCUUCUAACUUUCUUAACCAAAAAAGAUUCCUCUUCAAAACAACGUCUUAUUUUUUCUUUGUUUGCCCACACAGUGGAUAUCGUUGAGUGGGAAACGCCGAACUCUUUAGAUAACAUCGUAUUAGACUCACCUUCUUGCAGUCUCCAAAUAAUGUUUGCUUUUUCUUCAAUUGUCAACGAUUUUCUUUUGGACAUCUUGAACACUUGACACUGAGCUCGCCCUUUGAAGCACAAGAACAACUGAUGGGAAAAGUAAACAAAAUAACAACACAAAACACCCCACCCCACCCAAAUUUCGUGGAAUGAACUGAGUAGUGACUGCGUUCUUCCUUUCGACGAAAUGCCUACGUUGUUUACAUCCUGUAGGUCUCUAUAGCCGAUUUAACUUCGGGAAAUUUUCCAAAAUUACGUUACUAUAACCGAUGUCGUCGUUAUAUCCACUGUCGCUAUAGGCGAUAUAUUUCCUUUACGAAAGCAUACUGAACCAAACUUUUUCCAAGAAUCACGUCAUUAUAGCCGAUACGUCGCUAUAACCGACGUCGUUAUAUAAAGUUUAUACUGUAUGUGUUUUAUUUAAAUUCACAUAACAGAUUUUUAGGAUUUGGAAUAAUCCCUCCUCUGGGCUUGGAUCCGGCAAGAAAUAUAUCCAAGGCAGAAUUAAAAACUGUUAUUUAUGAAUAAAAGAGAAAUUAAAAAAAAAUUAUCAGUACCAAAUUUGGGAACAAGAUGUGAGUGUCGUGUCACAACAGAAACUAGAGAUCUUCAUCAGAAUAAGAAUCGUUCAAAUCAUCAACUGCAGAGGAUAUUUUUGGAAGUACUAAAUAUUCUUUUACAUUUGAAAUUAUAUACUUGAUAAAAUUUCCCAAAACCUAGUCGUUACUUAGUAUUGAUUUGACGAUUACCAGAAUUUAACUUCUUAAAUUCUCUGAAUUCUCUCUCUAAAUUCAUUUACAAACCUUACCAAUUGGACCUACGGUCCUUGAAGAACCGUAGCCUCCCAGACAACUGUCCUCCAUUCUGCUCGAUGCACUUUUCUCCGCCAAUUUCGGACGCCUAGUUCUAUUAGGUCAUCGUCCUGCCAUCUUUUACGUGGUCGUCCUGGAAGUCUGCGCCCUUCCGGCUUUUGUAGGUAUGCAAGUUCGACUCCUCGACCUUUUGGCAUCUGUUCGCCGUAACUAAGCCAUCUUAGUCUCUCUCUCUUGAUCUCUACUACCAGGCUGGGCUCUCCGUAAGUCUCAGGGUUAGUACGGAUGCGCCAUUCUCCUUGGUCUUGGAUUGUUAUUCUUAUUUUCAUUGUAUGAUCUACUACUAACUCUAUAAACAUUGGUUAUAUUCUUCUUAGUCACUUCGGCCAGUGUAAAUUAAUCAACGUUUAAAAAUAAUAUCGGCCAGAUGGCGUCCUUCCCGAUUAAUGCAUUCUUGCAGGCGUUUUUUGAAAUGGUCAGGAUUCCUAAUCGAAUUAUUUUCUUGAGUUCUUCAACGGUACGGGGUCGUUUUUCGUACAAUUUCGUACUUUUCAGGAAUCCCCACAGUAAAAACUCACAUGGUGUGAGGUCUGGUGAACGGGGAAUCGAUCCGUUUUGGUAUAUCACACGAUUCGGAAAAAUCUUAUUAAUAAUAUUCAUGCUCACACGGGUUGUGUGGCUUGUGGUUCCGUCUAGUUGGAAUAAAGUGGGUCUAUGAUUCCUGAUGAGGGCAUGGCAUACCAAACUGUUACCUUGGCCAAGUGGAGAUGUUGUUAAUGAAGUUGAUGAGAGUUUUGAUCACUUCAGUACCUAAAGUACUGUUUGUUCAUAAAUCCUGAAAGAUGAAAAUGUGCAUCGUCACUCAUCCAGAGGUUGUGAACAAGCUCCUCGUUUUCUUCAACCACGCACUCUGUCAACUCGCUGACUUGAGGCGGGCUUCUUCCUACAGCAACUCGUACUGCCACCGCUUGUGCUCUUCGUUUCACCGAUAUUUUCAAAAUUUGUCACCCACAACUUUAUCGAAUUAACACUAGACGCUGACUUAUUGCGACUUCAAAAUGAGUACGAAAAGGGCGUUAAGCUACUACAUAGCUACCGGUAUAGUAAAACGCUUUCACAGCAAACGCUAGGCAUUGUUUUGACAACUGUUCCAUGGCGACUGAAAUGCUUCGUAACGGGGAACAUAACGGUAACCUUUACAACUCGUUCCGCCUGCUUUUCACUGUAUUUUAUUAAAUGCACACUCGUUUACGUCACCUCGAGAUUCACCAAAAUAUUCGACUCCGAAAGACCUUUAGGUCACAAAACCCGACUUCGCUUCGGGAUCGCGGAGCGACUCUCUUGACGUCACAUAACCCUACUUCACAUCGGUAAUGCAAGGCGACUCCCAAGUCGCAAAAAUCCGUCUUUGUCUUCGUCUACUUUAUCCCUUAAGCUGAGCUGAGCGGUUUUCCACGAAAUUACUUCUGAGCACUAGGCACUAUCUGUCCGCGUUUGUCCCUAAAAGACACUGGCGAUGCCUUCGUUUAAGUCGCCGUGAGAUUCACCGAAAUAUUAGAGUUGGCCACGUAGGCCGCUGGGAAAUCGAAAAAAAUGCUCUUCGGAAGUGCGGAGCUGCUCUCUUUAAGUUGCAAAACCCGAUCUCGCCUAGAGAUUGCGGAGCGACUCUCUUCUAGUUGCAAAAUCCGACUUCGCUUAGGGAUAGCGGAGCGACUCCCUUCAGGUCGCAAAAUCACAACUUCUCCGUCUACUUUAUCCUUAAUAGCCAGACAGUUUUCCAUGAAAAUUUCCUCUAAGCACUAGGGACUAUCUGCUCGCGUUUCGCCCUAAAAGAUACUUUCGAUGCCUUCGUUAAGUCUCCGGGAGAUUCACCGAAAUAUUCGACUUGGCCCCGUAGGCCGCGGGGCAAUCAACGAAAAAAUUCCCUUCGGGAUUGCGGAGCUACUCUCUUUUAAGUCGCAAAACCCGACUUCGCUUAGGGAUUGCGGAGCGACUCUCUUCAGGUUGCAAUAUCACGACCGUGACGUCCUCGUCAUAUUUGGUUUUAAAGUAAUGAAAAACACAUAAUAGCGUAAAUUUUUCUAUAACAUUCAUCAAAUUUGUUAAUUUUCGCCUUAAAUAAUUUUGUAGUUACAGGGUGUUUUAUAAGUAUGACAAAUUAUAUAAAAUUUUUAGCGAUUUUCUUUUUUAGUUAUUCUCUUAUAGGUCCGUGUUUAUUACAAGAUUUUUGUUCUUAUAUGUUGUUAUAUUGUAACUUUUGGAAGGGAAUAGUAGAAAUAAAGACUCCUCGUACAUCAGACUUUCUUCAACUAACUUUGAACACUGUAUAAAUACUUAUUGGAAUGUAUAAUAUAUUGUCAUCUAUAUUGCUAAUUGUAAUUAAUAUUUAUUAUUUAUUAGUUCAAAUUUUUAUAAAUUGUAUUUGUUUUUAAUCGAGAAAUAAUUUUUAUUUCUUCAGCUUUUUUAAUUUAAAAAGAUGAACCUUUCAAACUGAAAUCUAAAUAAAAAUUUAAUCCAAUA